CUCGGGGUCCUGCGAGCGGCCCUGCGGCCGGGGAGGGGCCGGGCCGGGCCCCCCCCGCCUGACUCCCCCCGCUUCCUCCUCCGCCGCCGCUCCCCGCUCGGGGUCCCGGGCCGGAGCCCCGCCACAGGCCGCAGAGAGCCCGGCCGCCCCCGGCAGGCAAAGGGUCCGUCGAGAGGGCGGGGCUGCCCCGGCGCUGCCUGCCGGGCUGGGCGGGGCUGCCGGGGCCGGCUGGCCUCCCUCCCUCCCUCCCUGGCCGUCCUCUGCAGGCCGAAGACGCCCCCGCAGGAGGAGGCCGGAGCACCGCCCGCCAGUCCGAGCCGUGGCCGAGGGACCCCCCCCCCCCUCCGCCGGCAGCAGCACCCGCAGACCGGCCUCCUGGCGGGAGAUGAGGGGCAUCCCGCAGCCUCCCGGCCCUGCUGCUGCCGCCGGUGGUGGUGGUGAUGGUGGGGCUGCUGGCCGGGCUGCGGAGAAGACAGCUGAAAGCUCCCUCUUGAAGGCAAAGCACAGACUGGAACAGGAGAGUGAGGAAGACGUGGAGGAGUUUCCCAGGAAGAAACGGAAAAGAAUUCCAGGAAAGCAACAGCAAGCAGGGAGACACCCUUGUCUCCAGCCCCAAAGCCGUCGGAUACAGAGGGACCCCCCAGCAUACACAGCAGGCAGCCUGGAAGAGAAGUGGCACUUGGAGAUCCUGGAGAAGGGGCGCAUCACGUGCCCGACCUGCAGAGCGGUUGUGAGGAAGACGGUCGCAGGCCUGAAGAAGCACAUGGCCGGUUGUCAGCAGGAGAUGCUCACGUGCCCCCACUGUGGGAAACGGCUGCGCUCCCUGGCAGGAAUGAAGUACCACGUCAUGGCAGAACACAACAGCCUGCCGGUUGUGACGGAGGGCGGCCAGCUGGACGAGCCCAGCGAGAGAGACCGCCUGCGGAGAGUGCUGAAGCGGGUGGGGAAGCUGAGGUGCCCCCGGGAGGGCUGCACAGGCAACUUCACCAGCAUUGUGGGCUACCUCUACCACGCCCAGAAGUGUGGGAAGGCCGCUGCUGAGCUGGAGAAGAUGGCCCUGAAGUGCCCCCACUGCAGCAAAACUUACCGCUCCAAGGCUGGCCUGGCCUACCACUUGAAGUCUGAACACGGACCGGUCCCUCUUCUGCAGGAAGACAGCCGGCACGGCCCCCUGCGAGAGGUCAGCGCAGAGCCCAGUGGCGGAGGAGGCAAAGUGCAGCGGGAGUCUGCCAAGGUGGCCACCUUCUACCUGCAUGAGCUGGCCCAUGAAGAGCUGGCCCGAGAGUGGCCCAAGCGGAAGGUUCUGCAGGAUCUGGUUCCUGAUGACCGGAAGCUGAAGUACACGCGGCCAGGUCUCCCUACCGUUAGCCAGGAGGUUCUGUGCAAGUGGAGGUCGGAGAUCAAGACGCACCAGCGUGUCCAUUGCCCCAAUCAGGGUUGUGGCUGUGCCUACAGCAGCAUCUCUGGACUCAAGUCUCACCUGGGCAACUGCACCCUGGGUGAGUUUGUGGCUGGGAAAUACAAGUGCCUGCUGUGCGAGAAGGAGUUUGUGUCUGAGAGUGGAGUCAAAUACCACAUCAACACUGUGCAUGCCGAGGACUGGUUUGACGUCAGCGUGAACACCGCCAAGAGCUUUGGGAAGCUGAGGAAGCCGCAGCAGAAGGGAGCCGAGCAGAAGAGGCACCGGAAGAAGCCUCUCUGCGGCCGCAGCAAGAGGCAGCCGAGGACUAGGGUGGCUCCCCGGCCCGGCCCGGCCCGGCCCAGCCCGCGGCGGGCCAAGGUGGGCCGCUUGCCGCCACCAGCCGCAGACAGUGAGAGCAGGAGCAGCGAAGAGCAGGACCCCCAGCCACAGGCGGAGAAACUCAGCCACAGGCGGAGAAAGAAAUAGCCCGGGGGGGGGGGAGAGGGGCAAAAAGGCUCUCUUGGCACGUGUGCCCCUCGGACCGCCUGCCACUUGCCCCCGGAGCGCCAGGCUGCCUCUGGGCUCCCUCCGUAGGCGGCGCUGCCUCCCGCACCUGCAGUGGCUCCGCAGACCCUGCCUGGAGGCCGGAGGGCUGGGCUUUCUGGCCGCGGCUUCUCUGGCAGAGCUGCGCAGAGAACGGCAGGGAGAACGAGAGGCUCUGCAGCAGCUUCUUCUGGCCCUGGACCACCCUCGCCUGGCUCCAGUCGGGUCUGCUCCUCAGACACACACACGUUGGGCAGGGGGCCAGUGGCUGGGGGCAAGCCUGGGUCCACCCCCUCCUGCACAGCUGCAGUCACUAGACCGCUGAGCUGGGUCAGCCAGCAGUGAUGUGUCCACCUUCCGUGGAAUAAAUGACAGGGAGCUUCUUCUGUU